AUGUCGGAUAGUCGAGUCAUCAACUUUGGCGCAGGGCCAUCUGCCUUACCUGACUCGGUCCUCGACGAGGCGGCGAAAGGGCUUCUCAACUUCAAAGGGACUGGCAUAGGAAUCGCUGAAAUUUCGCAUCGCUCAAGGGAGUUCGUUGAGUACCUCAACGAGCUCGAAUCUCUUAUACGGAUUCAGCUCGAUGUUCCUCCCACCCACAAGAUAUUGUUUACUCAGGGCGGAGGCACUGGGCAGUUUUCUGCCGUCGUACUGAAUCUCUUGGCUCGCCACCGCCUUCUGCAUCCUGAUCUUCCGAAUGAAGGGCGUACUUUGGACUACGUCGUGACAGGAUCCUGGAGCAAAAAAGCAGUCGAUGAAGCUCGCCGGUUAGGCGCCACGGUCAACAUUGCCGCAGACGCCCGAAAGCUCUCGGGAAGUGGCAAAUUGUUCCAAGAAAUUCCUCCUCACGACGCUUACACCUUCUCUCCCGACCCGGUUCUCAUUUACUAUUGUGAAAACGAGACGGUAGACGGAGUUCAAUUCUCACAUAAAGAUUCUGCUCCAUCCUCUUUCCCGUUCCAUCUCCUUCCCAAGAGCACCCUCUUGCCUUUGGUUGCGGACUAUUCUUCCUCGUUCAUGUCCCGUAACAUCCCACGCCUGGCCGAUCAUGCUGUGAUCUUCGCAGGUGCGCAGAAAAACAUUGGUCCAGCAGGUUUGACAAUUCUCAUUGUCCGCCAAGACUGUAUCGUCGACGUCGAUGCAGCCGCGAAGUUGGGUGCAAUUCCGGUUCCUAUCACGAUGUCCUUCAAAGCAUUGGCAGAUGCCAACAGUUUAUACAACACGCCCUCCGUCCUUCCGAUUUAUAUCGCCGGACUUGUCUUGCAACGAUCGAAGGAAUUGGGCGGGGUACAGUACUAUGAGGAGCUCAACAGAAGGAAGGCACAGAAACUAUAUGACACGUUGAAGGAAGGUGAAGCCAAGGGCGUGUUUCGCGGAAAAGUGAAAGAAGGAUCCGGGAGCUGGAUGAACGUGGUGUUUGAUGUUCUGGGUGAGGGGGCAGAGGCACGUUUCCUAAAUGGUGCUGAAGAACAAGGUUUGAAGGGUUUGAAGGGACAUCGGUGA